CUAGCCUGGACGGCUACCAACGCCGCCAUCCUUGCUCGUCUCCAUCUCUGUUCCACACAGCAUCACCUAGUCUCACACCUUCCUGCGGUUCUUCUGUCCUGCGUCUUCCUCCAUUCGCUUCGCCUGUCUCUUGACCGCCUCGUACAGCCUCUGCUGCAUCAGAACAAGUCCCAGCUCGAUUCCCUCAAUCGCUCGACCGCCCGCAAUAGUGAGACCAGCCCUUGGCUAUCCACUCAGCAUCUGCGGACGAAGCAGGCUACCCGCAUGACUUCAAUGCCCUCCGGCCCACCUCCUGCUCCCCUCGGUCAAGGCAGUAGGUACUAUGGUCACAGGGUGCUCAUUGCUUCCCUCUUUCUGCCGGAUACAAUCACGUUCCAUGAGGUAGACGCAUCAGUCAUCGAUUCCCCUCGGGGCCAAUCGGCUGCACCUCCUUCGCCACCAGCAGAUCAACAGAACGGCUUCUCCGUGCAUGAGCUAGGUACCAGAUUGGCAGGAGUCAGUGCUGCUUUCAGAGACAAUGAAAAGGACUGUGAUUCUCCCACAGGCCGCACUGAUGGUGUCGACCCGCCUCCUCUUGUAACCAGUCCUAUUCCAUUGCCACCUCGCCGAGGCUCUGCUGCAACGACAUCGCAACCACCUCGAUUCUCUUCGCAGACCGAUGGCACCUCUUCCUCACAUGCUGGCAGUGCCACCAGCUCCGCAUCCAAGUCACAGAUCAACAUGACCAAGCUGAUGGCUGAAGCGACUCGGCGUCCCGCCAAUCCGCAACAGUCAUCUUCUUUUGAGAUUUCGGGUAGUCAAAGUGCCACGAGGCGUCCGGACUUCACUUCAGGCCCCGGCAGGCCAUCUGGGUCGAGGGAAGAAAAGCCAACCCCGUCCAGUUCUGUAGCAGACCAUGGUCGGGGUGGUGGCGAUGCCACUGUGGGGGCCGGGGCUGGGGGUGUGGCAUCUGCUUCCAGCGUCAGACCAGGGCUUAUUCGUGGCACAACGAGCCACUCUGGUGGCGGAAAGAGCUCACUCGGUACACCGCUAUCGCGACGUAGGGGUAGCUCUUCGAUAGCAGAGGACGACAAAGGUCCCGCAGCCGUUAGUGCCGGCCUUCUGAGUGUUCACGAGCGGUCGGGCUCGAGUCCGAACAAGAAGUUGAACGAUCCGGCCGGCAGCAGAACACCCGGAGCUGCCGCUGCAGGGAAGGCCGGUACUAUGCAGCCGCUAAGUAUCAUUGGCGAUUUACAAGCUCGACAAGCCGCCUUGACCACAGCCCCAGCUCCUACCCCAGGUGACGCCGAGCGACAUCACCCAUUCGGGGGUGGUGCGGUCACACCAUAUAGAGGCGGUCAGACGCCCGGCCACGCUCCCCGCACACCGGGUCUACCUCCCGGAGCGCAAACACCUUCCAAUUUGAACAGAGGCUUUCACAGCGCGCUAGCUUCCAACAAUCGCCCUAUACCUGGGUUGACGAUGACAAAAGCGACAGAGUCCACGUCUGCGCCGGGAUCUGGUACAAUGGACAAGAAAUUGAAAUCGGGCGGCCUAAUCAGUGAUGUCAGUAGCCAAAACCCUUCUCCAGGCUCACUUUCUACAAGGACUCCUGACAGGGGCGGCAACGGUGGCCUGGCGCCUCGCCCCUCUCUGCAUCACCGUUUGAGUUCAAGCAGGUUGAGCGCAGUUGCCAGCGGGUCGUACAAUGACCAUGGUCGUGGCGGGGAGAGCACCGACGUCCCUUCUCUUCCUGGAAAGUCUAGCAUAGGAGCGCCGUCUGGGACGCUUCACUCGAGUAAGCGUGUCAGCUAUGUUAGUGACCCCGACAGAGGCAGCGGCGGCGAGAGCGGUACGGCUUCGCCUACAGAGAGACAGUGCAAUCACAGUACAAGACACAGCCGCUUCGCCGCCGGUGGUACUGCCUCCAACAAGUCGUCAUCUCCGUGGAUCGCUCGCUCAGCUUCGCGACGUCGUCGCACGGCCAGUAUCAUCGGCCGAAAGUUACGGCGGCCUUCCCAAGACCUUCCGACUUUUGCAGAAGCUGACACUGAUUUCGGGGAGUAUGAGUAUGCGACAUACGAAGAGCUGCCACCACAUGGCUUCAUAUCCAAUCCGUCUUCGAAUGGGGGUCUGGUCAAUGCUGUGGCCUGUCUUGCAGAGCAACGCAAAGUGCGCAGUGGGGGAAGACUGUUCAUCGGGACUCCAGGAUUUCAUGCCGAUGAAGAGUGGCUACGACCUCAUCACCGACGUGCUCUGCAGCAGGAAUUUCGAGAUGAGAGAUCAUCUGUUCCUGUGUGGUUGAAUGAGGAAGUCUUUCGAGGUGCCUAUCAUAGAUUUUGCAAGGGAAUCCUGUGGCCUACCUUCCAUUACACUUUGCCGACGGACAAGGCUCUCGAGGCUGAACACGAGUCCUUCGAAUGCUACAAGGAGCUAAACAUGAUCUUUGCGAAAAGGAUCGCCCAAGAGUGGAAAGAGGGUGACAUCGUUCUCAUCAACGACUACCACCUCCUCCUCGUGCCUCAAUUGCUCCGCGAGCUAGUGCCUUCAGCCACCAUUGGUCUCUUCAUUCACAUAGCCUUCCCUUCCUCGGAGCUGUUCAGAUGUCUGGCAAUGAGAGAGACUCUCCUGCGCGGUAUGCUGGGAGCGGACCUCGUCGGAUUUCAAACGCAUAACUUUUGUCGACACUUUCGACAGACAGUCUCGCGCAUCUUGCAGCUGGAAGCGACACCCAAAGGAGUUCAAACGGAGUCCUCCUUUACUACCGUCUCUCCUUUCCCAAUCGGCAUCGACCCGCGCAACCUCAAUGCAAAGCGCUGUGACCCGGAGGUUGCGGAGUGGGUAGCCAAGCUCACAGAACGCUACGAGGGCAAGAAGGUCAUAGUCGGUAGAGACAAAUUGGACUGGAUUAGAGGCGUUCGACAGAAGCUGCUCGCCUUUGAGAUUUUCCUCAAGGACCAUCCCGAGUGGGUUGGCAAGGUCGUCCUCAUACAAGUAGCACUUGCAACCAACGAAGAGAACAACGAGGCUGGGGAAGCUAGCGACGUUGUUUCUAGAAUCAACUCGCGCUAUGCCAGUCUGACCUACCAGCCGGUCGUCUUUCUCCACGUUCAAGACAUUACGUUUUCUCAAUACCUUGCUCUGCUCUCGGUGGCUGAUGCUUUCAUGGCCAACUCUCUCCGAGAAGGUAUGAAUCUCACUACUCACGAGUAUAUCAUUUGUCAAGAACAGAAGCAGUCCCCUUUGAUCUUGUCCGAGUUUACGGGCACCUACUCUGCCUUGCGGGCCUGCAUCAGCAUCAACCCAUGGUGUAGUAAGCAAGUUGCUCACGCCAUUCAUAAAGCUUUGAUCAUGCCAAAGGACGAGCAAGAAGCUAGGUGGGCGGAUCUUCAUCGUACCGUGGUAACUCAGACUGCACUCCAAUGGAUCACCUCACUCCUUUCUCGGCUCGAGAGGGCUCACAUUGAGCAGCAGAGAAGAGACAAUGCUUUCAUUCCGAAGCUCGAAAUUGGACAGCUUGUGUCAGAAUGGAGAGCUUCCAAGACUCGCUUGAUUCUGCUCGAUUUGGAGGGGUCACUGCUACCCGAAUCAGUUCUGCUUCUGCGCAAUCCAGAGGAUCUGAACUUCCCUGAUACGCUCCUGUCUACACUUAAGGAAUUGAGCGAAGACUCCAGAAAUGCGACUUACGUCAUGAGCGCCUUGAGCACCGACUUCCUUGAUAGACUGGCGGAGAAGCUGCCAGGAUUAGGAAUCGUAGCAGAGGAUGGAUGCGCGGUCAAGCAUCCUGGAAGAGCUGAGUGGACCAGUCUGAUCGCGGGGCUCAACAACGCCUGGAAAGUGUCGGUAAUAGAAAUUCUGCGGUAUUUCCAGGAUCGGACGCCAGGCUCAUUUCUUCAUGAUCGGGGUGCUACUCUCUUCUUUUCGGCCGGGCAAGCUGAAGAGGGAGGAGAUCGACCUGACCAGGCUUGCGACGCCUCACACUACCACCCAACUCAUGACUCGACGUCUAAUCCAUCAGUGGCUUCUCGGUCUCGAUCGCAAGAGUCUCAAUGGGCUCGCCGUCAGCUAGCCGAAAUCAACAAUUUGGUCUUUGACUCUCUCGGAGAGCGCUUUUCUUUGCGUAUCGUCCCUCGCGGGACUACCUUGACUGUUUCACCCAAGAACGUGUCGAGAGCCUCUGCUGUGCAACAUAUCGUGCAAUUGCAGGCCAUGGGUGUACUUUCACGCCAGCCAGUCAAGGACGAAAGCGUCCCUGGCUCAAUGGCCGGAAUGGGCCGCGAUGAAGAUGACCAGUCGCUACCACCUGCUCCUCCCUCGGAGCAUGCUCCGCGAGACGCUCUGUGGAGCGGAAGAGUGGGACACGAUGGGGUCACAGAAUUGGGAGCAGCCACUCCUCCUUGCGCUUCAGCGGGUCCUUUCUCGCGUCAGGAAAGUAUGGCCGCUUCUCUAUCACGCGCUGCGUCGGCGCAGCAUCAGUCCUUCUUUCACUCCCUGGGCCCAACAGGCAACUUCGACUUUGCCCUUUACAUCGGCGCGGAUGAGCGCCUGAUCGCCUACGUCGCCAGUCUGGACCUUCCCUUUGCUCCUCUGACUGUGACAACGGCCAAUAUCGAUCUGCGGGGGAGUGAAGCUGGAUUCUGCCUCCCGGUAGGUUGCUUGGGUGGGGGGGAUCCGAACAAGGCUGAUGCUGCUGCGUCCGAUGGAGAUACUGCGAAAGGAGAGCAGCAGGAAGACGGCGGUGUUCUUGAGGCUUUGAAAGAACUGGUAGCUUUUAGAAGAAGAGACAUGCGUUGGGGUCGCUCUGGAAGCGAGAUCUGAAGACCUGACACUGCCGAGAAGCAACUAAGCUCGUGUCGCUUUCUCGGAUUUGCAAUCAACACAUCACUGCAAAAUGUCCUUUGAUUGAGGCAGAGCCGCAUAGACGCACAUCAGUGAGGGUCAUGCAAUUGUGAGAUCGCUGCCAGAAAUGGGCUGAGCACAGCGGUCAAAUGUCUGCUACAAUCUACAUUCUAUAGGUCGAACAUCGCCAACGUAUCCCCCACUGCGACACGUCUUCCCGCCAAUCCGUCUAAUUAGCUGCAAUGGGCCUGCGCUGAUCCACCGACUUCCGCUGCUGUUCAGCAGCCUUGCGCUGAUCGACCGAGAGGCCAUUGUAGUGUGUGACCUUGUGUCCGGCGAUUGUCUCGUGCUCAUGCCCAUCUUCCCCCUUUGUGGCUGCACCCUGUCCAUAGGCCUUGACACGCAUCUGUUCCCACUCCCCAGCAGUAGGGAUGGGCUUGCCCUCCUUGAUCUGCUGCUC